AUGUCUCGCAUCACUGAUUCCAAGUGGGAUAAACUGAAGCACUCUUCUUCUUCGUCUUCGUCUUCGUCUUCUUCGGAAGAGGACGACGACGACGACGAGGGUGAAAAAGAGGCGGGAAUUACGAGGAGCGCGUUACUGGAGAAUCUCUCGCUUUGUUGUUCUUCUUCUUCUUCCUCGCCGAUUUGGACCGGGUUGGUGUUGCAUCAUAAAGAUAUUUUUGUAUCGCACGUCUUGUCGAAAUUGAAUGGGACGGAUCGGUUUUUCUUUUCGAGGGCGAAUGGUGAGAGUUGGGGUGUGCUUGAAUACGCCGGGGUAGACGUAUCGGAACUACGUUGGGUUCUUUACGAAUGUACAUCUAUUUCGACGCUGGAAUGGAUGUGGAAUCACUCUCCCUGGGGAGAGAAAGAUAGAGAUGAAGAUGUGAUGGAUCAAGCCUGGUUUUGCAGGGAAGUUGCUCUAACGAACAAACUCGAGUUGCUCAAGUGGGCGAGAGAAGUGAAACAUUGCGAAUGGGAUGAAGAGACGAUUAAUGCGGUAGCAUGUGAAGGUAAUCUCGAGACGCUCAAGUACUGCUUCUCCAAGGAGUGCCCGUACGAUGAAGAAACUUCGUGCUUUUGUGCUACUAUCAGAGGACGCCUCGACUGUCUUCGAUUUCUUUUCGACAAAGUGGAACCUUCGCGAAAGACGGAAGAAGAAAUGGUAAUAAAUGCAGCAAUCAGUGGUCACAUGGACAUCAUGAAAUAUCUCGUCGAAGAACGAAAGAUAGCGGGCGACGCGGUAAAGAUCCGCUGCGUGUCAACCGCCGCGAUGAACGGCCGCCUCGAUUGCCUCAAAUACUUAAUCGAAGACGCAAAAGCGCCUCUAAACGACGACGACGACGGCCGAGAACACCUCUCUUUCGCUCGGUACUACGAGCGAACCGAGUGCGUGAACUACUUGCGAGAAAAAGGAUGCCCGGAACCGACGGAGGAAGAAUACGCCGAGUUCGUCGAGGACGAGCGAGAACGCGUCGCGUUCUACGAGAGAGAAGAAGAGCGACAGAGCAACACCAGCAGCGACUGA